GCAGAGGCGUCGACGCGUAGUCAACGACGUCAGCGUACAUCAAACGUUGGAUGUGUGCGUGUGCAAUAUGCAAAACGCGGUGAAAGAAAAUUGUUUUACUUGAGAUUUCGCGUAUUAUUCGACGGUUUUAUUUAUUGAAAUCCAUAUAACUACGAAUAAAUUGCUACAAAAAUGUGCAGUGAAAUAAAUAAAGUAUUUACGCUACAAAAGCGUUAAGAGGCAAUAAGAAAAACAAAAAUAUUUUUACUACGCUUGCAGAGUGGUGAAAGGUGCACCAAUUGGCUUGAGCCAAUGAGCCAAUGUGCAAUAUUGCAAGUAUUAGUACAAACUCCAAUGUAGGAAAAAACACAAAAUAAAACAUAUUUUCGAAAUUUGUGUAUAACCGUAAAGAACGUUAAAUUGUGCAAAUUAGUGAGUUGCAGCCUAAAAGCCAUUAGUUGCAAUGGAAUUGAGGGACGCUGGAGGGGAUGAGCACGCCAGCAGUGAGGCGUUUUACUAUGCUCUACUGCUAACUGUGAAUGUAACAUUGACGGUGAUUGUGCUUUUGGCAGCCUGUCUCUGGUGCAAGCGUCAAGCAACAAAAGAUGAUUUGGGUGGAUUGGAGGGUAUGGUUAAAAUGACCAACCCUGACGAUGUCGUCGUCGUCAAAGUGGCAGCGAAUAGUGAAUCCCAUACUGACUUGAAUGUUUCUGCAGUUUCUAACACCGACUCCGAGAAAAGAGCAAGCACUGCAGCACAUCGAAGUCUGCCGGAUAUACCAGUUGGUGAUGCAAAUUGCGAUAAUGGAUCUGAACUAUACGAAACUGUAGCGGACAAACGUCUUCUAGAUGAAGGAAACGAUCGCAAUAAAAGUCCCACUCCAAGUCUAAAAAAGCAAACAAGUGUAUCUCAGCACAGUUCCAUAAGUCAAGCAGAUGACGUCAGUUCACCUUAUUCUAGAGUGAGAAAUCCGCCGCAUGACUACGCCAAAGUGCGAAACACGGAACAUCCCUACGCUCAAGUAAACCCACCGUCAGCUUCAGCAGCAGCAGCCGCUGCAGCUGUGGUAGCGGCCGGCAAUAGCAAUAAUGCUAUAUACAGCAGUCAACCACCACAGCUUAACGGAACACAUUCUCGCAACUCAAACCACAGCAAUACAUCGCAAAACGAGUCUCCUUCACAAGCAGAAAUUCCAGCCGCUUCGGCCAUUGCAGGUAUGAUCUCAGCCAGUCAAGAUCUUCCAUAUAUGACACCGCCUAUAACAAAUCAACACUUUAGUGGCGACUCGCAGGACUCUUCAAAAGGCUACACCAGCAUCAGCGUGCGGGAGCCGCUUGCAAAUAUUCUAGCACAACAGCCGCCAAAGCAAACUCAACGGAUAGCUACGCUGACUCGUGAUGCAAGCGAUUCGCAUUAUGCCACUGUAUCAGACGAUUCUGACGAAACAUAUGCAGCUAUCGAGGACCCGAAUAUUCGCGGAAAUCCAAAUGUUCUCACUGACAUCUAUACUAGUGGUUCAGAGACGUAUGCACAAAUCCAACCUCUGCAAAUGAGUUCAAUGGUCGUAUCUGUGGAAAUCAAUAAUACAAAUAACAGUAGUCACAGUAUCAAUGCUAAUACUGUUCAUGCACAUAACGUACAAUCUUCAGAAUAUAAAAUAUCGAAUACAUCCACUGUAUCGCACCACCAUCAGCAUGGAAGUCACACACAAAGGCCUAUUUCUGAGCAUGCCACUCCUGUACCACCACCUGUGGAUAGCCUACGCACACAAAAGCACUCACGUCAGCCCUCCUCAUCAUCAAAUAACAGUUCAUUGGUUUGCAAUUUAGGUUCACCAAAGCCCGAAAAACGACAAGCCAACUCUCCGUUGCCACCAACGCCCAAAUCGAACAUUACCUCGUGUCGUAGUUCCGUUAUAUCUGUGAUCGAAUGCGGUAGCGGUGCUGGAGACUUCAAUCCAAGUGGCGUUAUAACGGCCACAUCGAUCAAUGCAGUUACCGCUGCAUCAGCUACUACAGAUGAAAUAUCCCCUCAGAAAAAUAAAAGUAAAAGCCUGAGUCCAUCCAAAGAUAUCGAGGGCAUGUAUGCAAAGGUGAUGAAAAAGAACAAGUUAUCACGCCACUCACCUUCUUCACAAAACAACUCUCCCGUAAUGACGCGGAAAUACGGUGAUAACAACGCUGCGUUAGGCAUUAGCCCAUUAGACAUGGCUGCAGCCGAGCUAAUGGAAACGAAUCGCGUCAGUGUAUUCAACAUUUCAAAUGCCACGAGCGAUAAAGGGCGAAUUCGUAGCAACAGCUACGGUUCCAAGGAUCAUGGUUAUGAAACAAUACCUGCCGACGCGGUCCGCCCAUCAGUACUUGAAAAUCGCAAAUCAGAUUGCUACAGCAGCUUAUUGCGAAAAGAGCGACCAAAAGAAAUCGUACAAAUACCUAAUCCACCUGCAGCAAACGCAAAACCACCGAUAAAUUCAGAUGUAAACAGCGACAAGCACUAUGAGACUAUUGCCGUGCCGCUUGACACAACGAGCAACAGCGAUCCCGGCUAUGAAACCCUCCAAAAGCCAAACAAACUAAAUCAAUCCGAUCCAGAUAACGAGAAGAAAUCAUCUGACUACGAUCCCAAUUACGAAGUGCUGGAACGUCCAAAAUCCGCCGGCCUAUCUGAUGAUGGCUAUGCCAAAAUUAAUGAGAAAAAACAUUUGGCCCUUGAUGACGACUCUACUGACGGCUACAGCAAAGUAAAAGGCGAGGAAUGCGAUGAUGGUGCGACUGGUGGUUACAGCACGAUCGGCACGGAUGCCAAUCACAAUUACGCCAGCAUCGCUGAAACGAAAGAAGAAAUGUGUGGCGUUACACCAGACACCGAAGACUCCGAUCACUAUGCGCGCAUCGCUGAAGCACCACGAAUACCACAAUCAGCAUCUGAGCUGCCACUCAGCGCGUUGCAUACGCCAACGGGUAAGCUUGCGCUGAGCGUAAGCGUUGCUUCUGGUGUCACACAAGAUACACUGGCAAUUACUUCGCCUUCUUCAAUUAAUUCAUCAUCGUUGCUGGCUAAUAGUUCGACAGUGUCGUCAACCAAUGCGUUGACCGGCAGCAGCAGCACCACUAGUACGAUAAGUUCACGACAAACCCCUUCGACAUCUUCGCAAUAUGAAUCACUCACUGGCAGCGAAACAGAUCCAAACUACGAAUCCGUUUGUUACCCGAGCACGGGACGUGAAAAUCCAUACGAGAGGCUACAGACCGAAUAUUCUGACACACAGUUGAGCAGUAGUAGUCCAAUAACGCCAGAUGAGUUGCGACAACAACAGAAACAUAAGCAAGGCAAUGCACAAACGCACAAAACGACAACAACCGGUGGUAGCACAAGUGCUUCAUCACCAGCAACGACAGUAACGAACUCUGAUUCAGCAGCGGCAACUAUAAUAGCAGCGGUGCCGUUAAAGACCACACCAAAUGGACUAAUGCCAAAAGCGAGACCAGACGGAACAGCAACUAAAGUGCAAAAUACCAGUGAACUGAAUGCCACGGAUGUGGUAGUCGAUGAUUACUUUCAAGUUUAGUUAAAUAAUUAGUAUGUAGUAAUUGGGCUAAGAGCACAUUUUGUGGCAAUUAUUAGAUAUGUCUGUAUUUAUUAUUAUAUUAUCUUAGUAUAUACAAUUUUUAUGCGUUACACGCAUAUUUAAAUGUUUGGAGAAUAUAAGGCAGCGAAGCUGAUGCUUUACGUACGUACACAUAUUGCACUUGCAUUGCAAAAAAAUUUGCAAUUACCAUUUCUUCAUGUGUUGUUUCUUUUUUUCACAUAUAACUAGAAGUAGGUACAUAUCAUUGAGUGAGAUGCUAAUGGAAUAUAUUUGUUGCAUGGAAUAUUGUAUUUCAAUAAAAAAGAUAUGCCAAAUUAUUAUAUUUGCACCUUCAAACAUAAAUAUACUCUAUGUUUAUUUCACUUUUGUUAUCAUUCGAAAUUUAUCUUUAUAACUGCAUGAAAACUUUAGAAGACGAAAGAAAAGCUUAUGAAAGCUAUAUCAGAUAAGAUAUUAACAUAAAAUCUCUUAAGAUCUUCUUCUAAGUCGAGC